GUCUCUUUCAAACCAAGUGCUGCAACAGCAUUCAGUGGAGCCACUCCGUCACUUUCAUUCAAAGACACUAAUCGAUCACCCAACAUAACCGCAAUCAUGUGGUUCCACGUUUCAGAGCCCAACACAUACCUCGUCGUCACCGGCAUAGGCAUCAAAGAUGUCAUCAUCGCGAAGAAACGCUUCGUCAAGCCUCUCCAAAAGGUGACGAAGAUAUCGAUCACGCCCUUCGACUUCAGCAUGUCGCUGCAAGCCAUGACAUCGGAGAAGCUUCAAUUCAAUCUUCCAGCUGUGUUCACCAUUGGGCCCAAGAACAAUCCAGCGGAUCUGAAGAAGUAUGCUGAGCUCCUUACUGGCGACUCAGAUGGUCAUGUUCGCCUGCAGAAGGGAGUCGUCGCCACGGGCGGUAACCAUGUCCAAGACAUCGUCAAGGGUGUCAUUGAAGGCGAGACACGUUCGAUCGUGUCGAAUAUGACUAUGGAAGAGCUGUUCAAUAACAGGAAGCUGUUCAAGGAUCAGGUUGUCAAGAAUGUACAGGCUGAGUUGGAAGUGUUCGGCCUGUACAUCUACAAUGCCAACGUGAAGGAGCUGCAAGAUAUGGGCGACUCCAAAUACUUCGAAUCUCUGUCACGCAAGGCUCACGAAGGCGCUCAAUCCCAAGCGCAAGUCGAUGUCGCCAACGCACGCAUGAUUGGCCGAGUCGGAGAAGCUGAGAAGGAAGGUCAGACAAAGCAAGAGAUUGCAAAGAUCAACGCCAAAACAGCAGUUCUUGAGACUGAGCGUAAGGUCGAGAAAGCUAUUGCAGACCAGAGGCUCCGCACACGGGAGAUUGCCAUCGAGCGAGAAAUCCAAUUGGAGCAAAUCAACGCUAAGCGGACUGCUGAAGCGAAAGAUGCUGAGUUGCAGAAGGCAGUCGAAGAGAAGAGAGCCGAAAUGGAGUUGGAGAGGCUGAGAGCUACUACCGUCACGCAAGCGAAGAUUGCAAGAGAAUCUGCCGAGCAGAAAGCCGAUGCUGAUCUCUAUACGAGGACGAAGAAGGCUGACGCAGAGCAAUACAAUCAGAAAGCAGAGGCCGAAGCCAUUUAUUAUCGAUCGACUCAGGACGCCGAUGCCGCCAACUAUAAGCGCAUGAAAGACGCCGAAGCUGCUCUCGCUGCCCGGGAGAAGGAAGCGCAAGCAAUGUACAUUAUGAAGGAGCGCGAAGCCGAAGCUAUGUUUCUGCAGCGACAGAAAGAGGCUGAGGCAAACUAUGUGCUCAAGGCACGAGAAGCCGAAGCCAACUUCCUUGCGAAGAAGAAGGAAGCAGAAGGUCUGACAGAACUGUCGAAGGCCUACGACCACCUCGCCAACGUCAUGGGUGGUCCUCAAGGGCUCAUGCAAUUCCUCAUGCUCCAAAACGGCACCUACGAGCGUCUCGCCGCCGAAAACGGCAAAGCCAUCAAAGGUUUGCAACCCAAGAUCAACGUCUGGACAACCGAUGGCGCCUCGAGCGAUGCGAGCAUGGCGCCCAUCCAGAACCUCUUCAAGAGUCUUCCUCCCCUGUUCUCGACGAUCCAGGAUCAAACGGGUAUGAUGCCGCCAAGUUGGAUAGCUCAGAUGCCAGCGAAGGAAGUAGACACGAUGCCUGUUAAGGAAAGCAAGCUUACGAAUGGCGACUCUCCUUGAUUGAGAUUUGCUUGGAAGCUGUAAUUGCAACGGUCAGAGCUCAUGGCUUGACUUUAACUGACUGCUUUCUUUCAUUUGUGGAGUUGAGGAGAUACCUAUUUGCUACUAUCUAUCUAAUGUGUCGGAUCUUUGGAGACAUCAUGAGCCUUUCCUAUACGACAAGUGCUAUGCUGUGUAAUAUCUAUAAGGUAUUGGAAAAAUUGACAGCUGAAAUCGGCCAAGGUGAGUGACGAGAUUUUGGACCGUUGCCAUCGUUCGUGGGUCGAAGAUUCGACGAUGGCGUGGCAUCAGAUUCGCUACAUUGAUCGGAUGAGUACCGAUCCCAGGAGUCGCAACACUACCCAGCACUGUUGCCAUAGCCACA